UUGUUAAAAAUAUAAGUAAAAAUAGAGAAAUAAUGUAGAUUGAACAGUCUGAGUUAACUGCAAUAGAACUCUAUCUCUUUAAAUCUCGAAGAUACUGUAGAAAGCAUAAAAGACUGCUCAUGAGUCACAGGUCUUACCAUAAACUAAAUAAUAGUCAAACAAUCGCGAUUACAUUUCAUAGAUUUAACAAUAAGAUGGAGAAAGAGAACAGCCAAUGUAAACUUUAAUAUGAACCCCGUGUAUAUCUGUAAUGUAACGGGCUCAGAUCAGCUGUUCAAGGCAUAGGCACGUUAUUAUCAAGUACGCUGGAAUCUCGAAGUGCGUCACAGUUGGGAGUAAAAAUAUUCUCAGCUUUUCGAUUCUAUUUGACGAUCUCAUAUUUCUGAGUAACAUGGAUAAGAAUUUGCUACUCGGACAAAAAGAGGACAAACCGCCGCCGUAUAAACCAUCGUCAACGGCUGCUCAAGGUAGUGCAUCAUGGCAGCCUCCUCCUGGAUAUUAUCCCAGCUCAGAGACACAAUUUUCAACUUAUCAACCAAACAGCUAUGGUACUAUACAUACGACAAGAGUUAUUGUUCCAGAAAUUAUCCUUGUUGGAGCUUGUCCAGCAUGUCGAGUAGGAGUUUUAGAAGACGACUACAGUUGUUUAGGAAUUUUAUGUGCAAUAUUAUUUUUUCCACUUGGAAUCCUCUGUUGUUUAUUUCUAAGAAAUCGACGUUGUUCUAAUUGCGGUGCCUAUUUUGGAUAACAUAAUUUAAGAAUUAAUUUUUGAUAAAACCGUUUUUUAGAAACAAUAUUUGAAGAA